AUGGGAGACGACAUUGAAAAAGAGAUUAAAGCAACACAGGCAAAACGUACUAUAUAUACAGAGAAAGAUAUCAGUCAAGCAGUACUCGACAAUGAGAAGCAUGCUAGUUUAACUGGCCUUUCAUAUGAUACUGAUAUCUACAGUGCGGAUACUGACAAAUAUGCUGGUUAUGCGACUUCUUUGGCUUUUGACGAAGAAGAAGACGAAGAUGAAUUAUAUCAAGAAACAAAGCGUAAACUAAACUCAUACACAGUGUCCAAAGAUAUUUUGAGUGAAGCUAGAGAAGGUAGUGAUGCUCACGAUCCUUUUGCUUCUACUAUGCGUGAACGCACUAUUGCAGGAAGACAAGAUGAUUAUCAACAGCGUCGUUUCAACCGUAUGCUAUCACCUACCCGUAAAGAUGCUUUUAGUCAAGAUCAAAGCGACGACACUGAAAGCAGAUCGUAUAAGGAUGUUGCACGCGAAAUCGAGUUGGAGCGUGAAGAGCAGCGCGUCAUGGCUGCCAUUGCACAAAAACAAAGACAACAGCAAGAAUCAGGUCGAUCUCAACAAAGUGUAGAAGACACACCUACAUCACGCAAAAAGAGAAGAUGGGAUGUCGCUACACCUGUCAGCCAAAACGUAGAAGCAACACCUGUAGGUGGCUCCAAAAGAUCUCGUUGGGAUGCUACACCUGUUCGUUCUUCAUCAGAAUGGGAUGUGGAAGCAACUCCCCGUGGCACAACAAAGCGUUCGCGUUGGGAUGCUACUCCUGUAGGUGGCGUCAGUGACAUGACCAUGGCUACACCUGUUGGUGGUAUGGGCAUGAUGACACCUUUGCCUGGCCAAACAUCACAAAUGACACCUGAAAUACAGAAUGCUAUGCGUUGGGAACGUGAAUUGGAUGCUCGUAAUCGUCCUCUUUCAGAUGAAGAAUUGGAUGCCAUGUUCCCUACGACAGGUUACAAAAUCCUGGACCCUCCUUCAGGCUACGAGCCUAUUCGUACACCUGCUCGUAAAUUGACAGCUACACCUACGCCUAUGGGCGACAAUGGCUUUGUGAUGCAAGAAGAACAACGCCAGGUCGUUGCUUUGGAAUUGCCACAGGAAAUUCCUGGUGUAGGCCAACUGCCUUUUUUUAAAGAAGAAGACAUGCAGCAUUUUGGUAAAUUGCUGGACAAUAAGGACGAGCUUACGAUGUCUGUGGAUGAACUCAAGGAACGCAAAAUCAUGCGUUUGCUUCUCAAGAUCAAAAACGGUACUCCUCCUAUGCGUAAAGGUGCUUUGCGCCACAUUACAGAUAAAGCAAGAGAUUUUGGUCCUGGACCAUUGUUCAAUCAAAUCUUGCCUUUACUUAUGUCACCUACCUUGGAAGACCAAGAGCGUCACUUGUUAGUGAAGGUGAUUGACCGUAUUCUUUACAAACUAGAUGACUUGGUUCGUCCCUUUGUUCACAAGAUUCUGGUUGUCAUUGAACCCCUUUUGAUUGAUGAAGACUAUUAUGCCCGUGUGGAAGGUCGUGAAAUCAUUUCAAAUCUAUCCAAAGCAGCUGGUUUACCUACCAUGAUUACCACAAUGCGUCCUGAUAUUGAUCACCCUGAUGAAUACGUAAGAAACACAACUGCCCGUGCAUUCUCUGUAGUUGCCUCUGCAUUGGGUAUUCCUGCCCUUUUGCCCUUCUUGAAGGCUGUUUGUCGAUCUAAGAAAUCAUGGCAAGCUCGUCAUACUGGUAUUAAGAUUGUUCAACAAAUUGCUAUCUUGCUCGGUUGUGCUGUGUUGCCCCACCUCAGAAACUUAGUAGAAGCCAUUGGCCAUGGUUUAGAAGAUGAACAACAAAAAGUACGUACGAUUACUGCUUUAGCCAUUGCCGCUUUGGCUGAAGCUGCUGCUCCUUAUGGUAUUGAAUCAUUUGAUUCUGUUCUUAAGCCAUUAUGGACAGGUAUUCGUAAGCACCGUGGUAAGGGUCUUGCUGCUUUCUUAAAAGCAAUUGGUUAUAUUAUCCCCUUGAUGGAUGAUGAAUAUGCCAACUAUUAUACAAAGGAAGUCAUGUUUAUCCUUAUUCGUGAAUUCCAAUCGCCUGAUGAAGAAAUGAAAAAGAUUGUGCUCAAGGUCGUCAAGCAAUGUUCUGCUACAGAUGGUGUCAUGCCUGCCUAUAUCAAGGAAGAAAUCCUGCCUGAAUUUUUCAAGCACUUUUGGGUUCGUCGUAUGGCUCUUGACCGUCGUAACUACAAGCAAGUUGUCGAGACAACAGUCGAAUUGGCCAAUAAGGUCGGUGUGUCUGAAAUUGUUGGUCGCAUUGUGAAUGAUCUUAAAGACGAAAGUGAACCCUACCGUAAGAUGGUGAUGGAGACCAUUGAAAAGGUUGUCUCCAAUUUGGGUGCUGCAGAUAUUGAUCCUCGUCUGGAAGAAUUGCUGAUUGAUGGUAUCUUGUAUGCUUUCCAAGAACAGACGAUUGAAGAUAUCAUCAUGUUGAAUGGUUUUGGUACUGUGGUGAAUGCACUUGGUAUGCGUAUCAAGCCUUACUUGCAGCAGAUCUGUUAUACCAUCUUAUGGCGUUUGAACAACAAGUCUGCCAAGGUACGUCAACAAGCUGCUGAUUUGAUUUCCAGAAUUGCUGUUGUCAUGAAGAGUUGUGGUGAAGAGAAACUGAUGAGCCAAUUGGGCCAAAUCUUGUAUGAAUAUCUUGGUGAAGAAUACCCUGAAGUAUUGGGUUCUAUUUUGGGUGCCCUUAAGUCUAUUGUGAACGUGAUUGGUAUGGCCAGUAUGACACCUCCCAUUAAAGAUCUCUUGCCUCGUUUGACGCCUAUUUUGCGUAAUCGUCAUGAAAAGGUACAAGAAAACUGUAUUGAUUUAGUGGGUCGUAUUGCUGAUCGUGGUGCAGAAUAUGUCUCUGCUCGUGAAUGGAUGCGUGUCUGCUUUGAAUUGCUUGAUCUCUUAAAGGCACAUAAGAAGGGUAUUCGUCGUGCUUCUGUCAAUACAUUUGGUUAUAUCGCCAAGGCUAUUGGUCCUCAAGAUGUCUUGGCUACCUUGCUUAAUAACUUGAAGGUACAAGAGCGUCAAAACCGUGUCUGUACUACUGUUGCUAUUGCCAUUGUAGCCGAAACGUGUGCUCCUUUCACUGUCUUGCCUGCUUUGAUGAACGAAUACAGAGUACCUGAAUUGAACGUACAAAAUGGUGUCUUGAAAUCACUGUCGUUUAUUUUUGAAUAUGUGGGUGAAAUGGGUAAGGAUUAUAUCAAUGCUGUUGCUCCCUUGUUGGAAGAUGCUUUGAUGGACCGUGAUUUGGUGCAUAGACAAACUGCUUGUACAACGAUCAAACAUAUGGCUUUGGGUGUUGUGGGUCUUGGCUGCGAGGAUCCUCUUCGUCACUUGUUAAAUUACAUUUGGCCCAACAUCUUUGAGACAAGUCCUCACGUCAUCAACGCUGUUAUGGAAGCCAUUGAAGGUCUUCGUGUUGCACUUGGUCCUGCUGCUAUUUUUCAAUACACUCUACAAGGUCUUUUCCAUCCUGCCAGAAAGGUUCGUGAAGUGUAUUGGAAGAUUUACAACACAACCUAUAUUGGAAGUCAAGAUGCUUUAGUGCCUUUUUACCCAAGAUUGGAAGAUGAUGAACGUAACAACUAUCAACGUCCAGAAUUGGACUAUGUUCUUUAA